UACUUUUCAUGUAACCUAUAAUAUUAUACGUUUAUUAAUCUUAAUUAUUAAAAAGUAAUUUGAUUAAAUUAAGACUAAUCAUUAAUUCCUUUUUUGUUGUUCAAUACUAAUUCAUAAAUUUUUACGUACCUUUCUGUUCUGUAUUAUUUAUUCAACUAAUAUUAAUCUAUAUCUACCGUGAGCAUAUGAAAAUUGACCACAGAUAUCUAAUUAUCUAUGGUCGGGAUAACAUUUGAGGAUUUAUGAAACACGUGGCCACAAUAAAAAGAAAGGACGUCUGGUUAUUAUAUAUUUAACUAGAAGUAUUUUUAUCAGCAAUUUACAAAAAUCUACUUAGUAGUUAAAGGUCUUCCAGUUGAAUCUGCCUUAGAAAAACUAAAAUAUACUCUAGUUUGUAAUUUUUAUUCUGAGUGACGGAUUAUUGAUAUUCUUUAUGGAAUUUUGUUAAAUAGAUUUAACAUUUCCUUCGUUAUUUUUUUUCUUAAUACAUUUCUUUCAGUUUUUUUGGAAUUCUAUUGAGUCUACAAUUUUGGAUUCUACACAGCAUUAUUUGAAUGAUGGAUUGCUAAAUUUGGACCUAAUCACUAAAGUCUAUAUGUGUCUAUAAAGUGAUAUAUGGCUACAAUAAAGUAACAAAUAUUGGACGUAAUCCGCCUAUUGCUUUCAACCAAGUUUAACUUUGUAGUUGCCCACGUUAUUUUUCUUCUUUGUCAAAAAAAAAAGGUUUAACUUUGUAAGUAAAAAGUUAAUUCAACUUGUUUUUUAAUGAAUUAUCCCAUGAUAAAAAUAUAUAUAAACUUAGUUUCCUGUAGCUAACAGAGUUAUUUAAACAGCACCUUCUGUAAAUUGGAAAAGAAAAAAAAUCAAAAUUCAUACGAUUUAAUUAGUGGAAUUCGUAUUAUUAGAAACUAUUAAUAUUGUCUAAGAAAAUGCUAAUAUUCAAUGGUAAGAUGAAACUGAAACUGAAAGUAUAGUAACUAAUCUUAAGCCAUUUCAGAAAAAGGUUUAUCAAUUUCAGUUAAACGAUUUAACCGGCUAUAUACAGUAUAUAUUAACCAAACCGGUUCUGUGAGCCGUUUUAAGGUAAUUUUGGGAAUGCAACCGAUUCUAGAAUAUUUUGGCCGCCGGACAUCGGAGAUUUAAAUUAGUUGUCGUAGACGACAUGCGUAUUAAUGGACCACGUAAAGUUGUCAGCUUCCUUUUAUUAAACUAAAGUUUUUAAUCUGAUGAUUUUUUUUGACUUAGUCAACGUUAACACCAUGCACGUACAAAAAUACCUAUAUAUAGUUCUUCUAAUCACGCAAUAUUCACUCAAAACACAAAUCAACUUAACAACAACAACAACAACGAGAUCAACAACAGAAAUAUCAAAUCAAGAAUGUCGAUGUUUCUCUAUUUCAUUUUGUCAAUGCCUCUCCUUUUUAUUUUCUUCAAAAGGCUCUCAUAUUCUAGGGGGAAGCUUCCUCCGGGACCUAUAGGUCUUCCGAUCAUCGGAAACUUGCACCAACUUGGAAAAUCACUUCACAGAUCAUUUCACAAACUCUCUCAAGAGUAUGGACCGGUGAUGUUUCUUCGUUUCGGCGUGGUCCCUGUGGUUGUGUUCUCCACAAAAGAAGCAGCUGAAGAAGUUCUCAAGACUCAUGAUCUCGAGACUUGUACCCGACCAAAGCUAGCCGCGACGAAGUUGUUCUCUUACAACUACAAAGACAUUGGCUUUGCUCAAUACGGUGAUGACUGGAGAGAGAUGAGGAAGCUUGCGAUGCUUGAGCUCUUUAGCUCCAAAAAGCUAAAAGCAUUCAGGUAUAUUAGAGAAGAAGAGAGUGAAUUGCUCGUCAAGAAACUCUCGAAGUCCGCCGAGACACAAACUUUGGUGGAUUUGAGAAAAGCUCUUUUCUCUCUUACAGCGAGUAUCAUAUGUAGACUUGCUUUCGGACAGAAUUUCCACGAGUGUGAUUUUGUCGAUAUGGACAAAGUUGAAGAACUUGUGCUCGAGUCUGAGACCAAUCUUGGCUCAUUCGCGUUCACUGACUUCUUCCCCGCGGGUCUUGGGUGGGUUAUAGACCGGAUCUCUGGCCAACAUUCCGAGUUGCACAAAGCCUUUGCAAGACUUAGUAAUUUCUUCCAACAUGUGAUCGAUGAUCAUUUGAAGCCUGAACAACCUCAAGAUCAUUCAGACAUCAUUGGUGUCAUGCUGGAUAUGAUCAAUAAAGAGAGCAGAGUAGGCACUUUUAAAGUCACAUAUGACCAUCUUAAAGGAGUCAUGUCGGAUGUAUUUUUGGCGGGAGUAAACGCAGGAGCGAUAACGAUGAUAUGGGCCAUGACAGAGCUGACAAGACAUCCAAGAGUGAUGAAGAAACUCCAACAAGAGAUUCGAGCAACUCUUGGAGACAACAAAGAAAAAAUCACGGAGCAAGAUUUGGAGAAAGUUCACUAUUUGAAACUUGUGAUACAAGAAACUUUCAGACUACACCCACCAGCUCCCCUCUUGCUCCCAAGAGAGACUAUGUCUGACAUCAAGAUUCAAGGUUACAACAUUCCUAAAAACACAAUGAUUGAGAUCAACACUUACGCAAUAGGACGUGAUCCCAAUUGCUGGACGAACCCUAACGAGUUUAUCCCCGAGAGGUUUAUAGAUAACCCUAUAGACUACAAGGGUCAGCAUUUUGAACUGUUGCCAUUCGGUGGAGGCCGUAGGAUCUGUCCCGGGAUGGCCACUGGGAUGACCAUCGUGGAGCUCGGUCUACUUAAUGUUCUUUACUUCUUUGAUUGGAGUUUGCCCGAUGGAAUGACCAUUGAAGACAUUAACAUGGAAGAAGCUGGAGCUUUCGUCAUAGCCAAGAAAGUCCCGCUUGAGCUGGUUCCAGUUAUUCAUUACUAGUGGCUGAUGCCUUGAUACCGUUUGAGUUUCGUUUGUUUCGCUCUUCGCAGUCUCACGAUUAAUUCCUUUGUCUGUUUUUUUUAUAGGUUCCCUAAUGUCACUUGUUUGUUUAAUAAAUUCUUAAAAGCAAUAAAUAAAUGUCUGUUUAUUAAGCGGUAUUUUUGGUCUGUUAGCCCUUAUCAAUUUUUCACAUUUUCGACUAUUGUGGUUCUGUUUCUUAGCUUUUUUUUAGUUAAAAGUUAAAAAACAGUUUAUUAACUUCCGCUAAGAAUCCCAUUCUAAAAACUCCGGGUUAAUCAUGCUCUUACAAUAAUUAUAUUUUUGAAGGCAGUUUCGUUAUAUGAGUCCUUAGAUUUGGGUGUACUACGCAGCAUUGUAUGAAUAGAAGAUUGGUAACACUCACGUAUUUUUUAAAGCUAAUCACUGUAUUUGUUAAUAAGAUAACCAUGAUUAACCUGGAGUUUUUAGAGUGAAAUUUUUAUCAGAAAUUAAGAAACUGUUUCUUAACUUUUAACUAAAAAAACUAAGAAUCGGUUCUUAAAAUCCUUAUUUAAGAACCGGUUCUUAGCUUUUUUAGUUAAAAGUUAAGAAAUAGUUUCUUAACUUCCGCUAAGAACCCCAUCUUAAUAACCUCGGGUUAAUCAUGCUCUUAACGUGAUAUAUAACCUUGAUGGUUUUCAGUCAACUUCAACUUUCUAAGUAACAUGAUGCUACUAUUUAAUUCAACCUUAAAUUUCAGUUUUAUGAAGUCAACAGUUUUGGGUUUACGCGACACAGUACUUGAAUGGAAGAAUCCUAAGACCAUCUUCAACAAUGAUCCUUAGCACAAAUCCUUAAGAAAAAAAUUAUUAUAAAAUUAUGUGGACUCCAUUUCAUCUAUGUUUUUGUGCCAGCAAAAUCUCAUAGACUCUCUGGUUAAGGAUUCGAUUUAGUAAGCCUCUUAACUAUUCGUGGGUCCCACUGACACGUGCUAGUCCGCGAUUGGCUAAUUUUUUUUUUUUAAUCCGAAAAAAUAAUAAAAUAAUCAUUAUUUUUAAGAAUUUGUGCCUUAAGUAUCACCAUUGCUAUGUCCUAAUGUUGGAACGUCGGACCUAAUCACGUGUAUUAUAUCUACAUUUAUUUAUAAGAUAAGAUGCUACCUGUAUGGCUUUCAGUCAACUUUAACUUUCUAUAUAGUAUACUAAUAUGUAAUCCGACAUGUCCUUUAGUUAUCUUUUUAAUAAAAUUAAACAAGGAUACAAUCAAUUCAGACUUAGUUCCUUGAAUUAUGAUGUAAUGUACAGUAUAACUUUUUUAAAUUAAUACUCUAUAAAUUAAUAUACACUAAAAAUUUCUACAAAAUAAUAUAAUUUUAUAAUCCCAAAUCGAGUUUUUGGUUCAAUUAAUAUAUCCAUAAAUUAAUAUAUCUAUAAAUUAAUAAAAAAAUAUAUUUUUGGUGUAGUCCCAGCAUUAUUAAUUUAUACAGGUUUCACUGUAUAUAAUGACUCUAAACAACCCUUCUCGAAAUCGAUAAAAAUAAACUUCAAAAGAGUUUUAGCCAGUGCAUUGUUGGAAGCCAAUAUUAAUGUGUAAAUAAAAGAGAUUAGUUUUGAAAUGGUAGGUGAAUUGAUAUUAAUUAUAGUUGAAUUGCAUAUGUCUAAUUUUAAGCCGAUUUUAAGUAAACUUGCAAAUACAACUGAUUAAUGUAAAAUAAUGGUAUGCCUUCAGUCAAAAAAAAAAAGUUAAAUAAUGGUGGCUAGCAAAUACUAGAAGAUUUGGCCGCCGGGUAUAGCCGUAUAGGAGAUUUUAAAUUAAUUGUCGUAGAUGCGUAUUCAUAAACCACACGUAUAUUUGUCAGUUUCCUUUCACUACUAAACAUUUUAGUCAGAGAAGUCCAAUUAUAGAGAUCUUCUUAGACAAGAGUCUACGUCGCCCCAGUUCUAAUAGCAAAUUUGGACAACUCUUUUUUUUUUUAAACUAAAUUUGGACAACUCUUUUAGAUAAGAGUCUACUUUACCCAGUUCCAAGAGCAAAGUUAUUUGUAUUUGAUUAAAUAUAUAAGCAUAUGUCUUUACAUAUAUGUACAUGCUCUCAUCUGUAUUUAUGUAAUCAUGUUCUAGUAGUUACGAUUUGUAAAUUUCCAGGUACUAAUCAUGAAAAUAUUAUCUUAAACUAUACUAAACCUUUAUCCUGAUCUUUUUCAUUUUAUAAUGGAUAACAUUUAUUAUAAUUUGAUAAUUUUUAAUUGUUUGAAUAUAUGUUGGUUGUUCAUAUUGUGUUUGGCUAUAUUGGUCCUCUGAUCAUGUUUACUAUAUGGACAAUUUAUAUUGUAUUUGUUUAUAAAUCUAACUAUUUAGUAUACUUGAGUAUAUUAAUACACAUAUUUAUCCAAGAUAUAGUUUCAUAGACAAAUAAGAUGUCAGGUUUCAAGUUUUAUGAAUCGAUAUGUUUUAUAUGCCAAAUAAUUCUUAACAUUUAGAACAUUUACGAAUAAAAUAAAGAGUUAACGUGUAGAAAUAUUAAAGUUGAUAAGAAAAUUUUCACAGAGUUUAGAAUAUAGUGCUAUUCUAAAUUAUUAAAAUAAUAUUUAUUUUUGAAUUGUUACAAUUAAAUAUAUAUAUAUAUAUAUAUCAAUUAAUAUAUAUAUAUAUCAAUUAAAUAUAUUAUUAAAUCAGGCAUUAGUUGUAUUUAAAUACAUUAUAUAUACAUAUAUUGUAUUUGUAUUGAAAUUUUAGGAAAUCGGAUUUCAUGUCUAAAAAGCUACAGAGAUACAUAUUAUACUUAAAUACAUACAUACAUUUUAGUAUUAUAUUUUAAGAAUCUGAUUUUUGAAAUAGAAUAUUAGUAUCUAACUUAAAUUGAAAAAAAUUGCUGAUUUAACAUAGAUAUUAAUGUUAUAUAUAUACAUAUAUUAGCAUGUUUAUGAAAUUCAGAAAAUCGAAGAUAUUUAAGUAAAACUUGAAUAGUGGUUAAAAACUAUAACUAUUGUUUUAUUGAUAUAUUUGAAUUCACCUAAAACUAGUAAUAAUCAACACUAAAUAAAUAAUGAAAAUUGGUUUACUUAAAUUAUAAUGAUAUGGUUCAAAAAUAUAUAGCAUACUAGUAUACACUGU